GGCAUCACUUCUACCUCUCAGUCCACAGCUACUAGCCAUGCCAGCCUACCAUUCUGCGUACAAUGAGGACCAGGACGCUCGACUGGUCGCCUCGAUGUCUUUGCUGCCUUUCAGGUCGAGGAUCCGUGGGCCAGCGCCUCAGCCAGUCGAUCCCUCCGUCUUCGAUAUCAUUGACGAGUCCAUUGACCUGUUCCGGGCCAAUUCGCUCUUCCGCAACUUUGAGAUUAAGGGUCCAGCAGACCGAACCCUUAUAUACCUGAUUCUCUUCAUCUCGGACUGUCUGCAGAAGAUUGCCUCGUCGAAGGUGGGCAUGACGCAAAUUGAAGCCAACAAGCAACUCGCAACACUAGCAGUAGACAACUUUGCCCUGCCAGGCGAUGCUGGAUUCCCAUUGAAUGCCCUCUAUCAAGCACCUAGGGAUAGGUCUGAGGCUGAUCAACUUCGGCAAUAUCUCACUCACGCAAGGCAGGAGCUGGUCAUCAGGCUGAUCGAGAAGGUGUACAUCGACGGCAAGCCAAGCAAGUGGUGGCUAGCAUUCACAAAGAGGAGGUUCAUGGGCAAGAGUCUGUCGUAGGAAGAGGG